AUGGAAAUCUGGGUUUGUGUUCUUGGCUGGUUUGCCUCCAUUCAAACGAUGAUUGGGAAUGGAUUUGUCAUCUUUCUGGUGAGCAGUAAACGGCAUCUCCGAACCAAAACCAACGCUUUUAUUGUUUCUCUCGCAGUUGCAGACUUUCUUGUUGGGAUGCAGGUUUUUCCUUCCAUUUUUUUCUUAGAAGUAAUCGGCCGCAGUGAUCAAGGCUUGUAUAUCAUCUUACUACGGUUGAGAUGGCUCUUCCAGGAUGCAUCAGUUCUGAGUAUGUGCAGUUUAGUUCUGGAUCGUUACUUAGCCGUUGUGAAACCUUUAAAAUACUUAACUUUUAUGACUUCAAGACGUGUUAUCCAACUUAUUUCCUUCUCAUGGGGGAUCUCAGUAGCUGUUAUUUUACUUCAGUCGUUUCUGUUGGUUAAGUUAAAUGCAUAUGUUCUUUUUUCUUCUUUCAAAGUGCUGGUUAUAAUCAUAUUUUUCAUCUUUCCAUGUAUGUUGAUAAUUUUUUGCUUUGCAUCGAUGUUACGGGUUAUCUACAGGCAAAACGGAGCAGCUCGUGCAUUGGGAAAACAGGUGCCUUCUAACAACGGGCGAGAGAAGUCGGUAUUAAUAAUGAUGACCAUUGUCGUUGUCUUGUUCCUUGUUUAUUGUGGCGUAAAUGUCCGCUGUCUCAUAACAUUUUGGACAGGUCAUUGUAGUGAAUAUAACAAAAGUAUAGUUAUUAUUGUAAUUUUAAACUCUGCCGCAAACCCCUUGGCUUAUGCUGUUUUCAAGGGUGAUAUAAGGAAAGAGAUCAAACGACUGAUCUAC